AGGAGUCUCCCCAAUCGCUCCACUCUCUCUCUUUCUCUCUCUCCGCUCGCGAAAUCAUGCCGAGGGCAGCGAAACCCUUGACGACGGCGGCCGCCGCCCUCCGCCGCCGGCUCUUCUCGUCCUCGUCCGGGCCCAGCCGGUGGGCGACGCCGGGCCACGAGGAGCGCCCCAAGGGAUACCUCUUCAACCGGCCCCCGCCGCCGCCCGGCCAAGCCCGCAAGUGGGAGGACUGGGAGCUCCCCUGCUACGUCACCAGCUUCCUGACGAUCGUGAUCCUGGGCGUGGGGCUCAACGCGAAGCCCGAUCUCACCAUCGAGACCUGGGCCCACCAGAAGGCCCUCGAGCGGCUGCAGAUGGAGCAGCAACAGAUGAGCGAAUCUGACUGAUUAGGGUUUGUGGGGGGUGAAAUUUGGAGUAAGUUCGAGUUGAGUUUUGAGCUCUUCUUCCUUUCUUCCUUUCUUUUUUCUUUUUCCUUGCUGGGGGGAACUGAGGUUCGACGGUGUUUGACUUGGCCUCCGCGUCGAAUGUUGAUAUGGUGUUAGCUCAAUAAUCAUCUAUUUGAUGUUCGAAAAAUCUGACUUCUGCAGUGAUCGGUGCUGCGAAUUGAGCUGGAAAUCUAUAAUGCUUUUAAUUGAUUAUGCUUUUUGACUA